GGGGUGGUAAAUAUGAAUAUGACAUUAAAAACAAAAUUUUAUACUUUGGUAAUUAAUUAUAAUUUAUUAAAAACGCUGGAAAAUACGAAUUUAAACCACGUGACUUAAACAAGUUCUGAUUGGACGGCUGCAUCGUGACGUCAAAUGCUGGUAGACGAUCGAGCCGAACGUGAUUUGCAGUAAUCGUGAAUUAUGGCACAGCCAGGUUUCGUUAAAGCUCAGUCGGAUAAUUUACCAUGUGUGGAUGUAGUAAUGAUUUCAAAUUUCUUUGCUAACAACCCAACACUCAAUAUAGCUGAAUCUCGAGGAGUUAAAAUGCAUAGAGCAAGUCAGGAAAGGUAUGGUGACGAAGCAAUUGGAUAUGUGGAGAUAUGUCGUCAAAAAAGAAUGUGUACCAUUCGUGCUAAAAUAUGCCCUGAACACAAAGUUCGUAACAAGGCAUACGCAGUUGAAUUAAUAAUUGAUGAAAGACAAAAUGAAAUUAAAAGUGCACAAUGCUUUGAUUGUGCAGCUUCUUCAGGUGGUUGCAAGCACGCCAUAGCAUUUUUAAUGUGGGCACAUCGAAGAAGCGAAGAACCUGCUCCAACAUCUAUAGCAUGUUAUUGGAAGCGUCCCACAAUGUCGUCAAUAGGAACAUCAUUAAAAUGUGUAACUGCGAAGGUGUUGAGUAGAAGCAAAUAUGAAGAAUCUACAGUAUUAAAUACAAAUUUUUUGGAAGAUUUCAUCGAAAUAGCUAAAGCAAGAAAACUCGACAGUCAAAUUACGCGUCAUUUCAUACAUAAUUACGACAAUUCUUUAAAAUCAUUAUCAUUACAUUUUCUUCUUUUAAAAUAUUGUAGCUGUAGUGAUCGAGAUAAAAGAAAUGUUACUGACUUUUUACUUUUUGCAAAGCAACACAUGAGCUUAAAUUUGUGCAUUGAAGCUGCGAAAGCUACAAAAGAACAAAGUUCCUGUUCGCUAUGGUAUGAACUACGCUAUGGAAGAAUUGCAGCUUCGACCAUAUAUGAAGCUACAAACUGUAAAACUACAAACGGUUCGUACGUUGAAAGAGUUAUAGGUGCAGUAAAAUUAAUAGAGACUGAAGCGAUGAGACGAGGAAGAAAUCUUGAACGAGAAGUUUUACACGUAGUCGAGAAAAAGUUGGGGACGGAAUUUUACCCAACUGGUUUAAUAUUGUUGCCUGAUUACCCUAUAUUUGGAGCAUCUCCUGAUUCUUAUACGAAAGAUUACAUCGUCGAGGUUAAAUGCCCGUUAACCGAAAAAUCUGAAGACAGAUAUAUAUAUCCAAGAGUAGCCGAUCUAUUGUUCGUCGAUUCUGCUUAUCAAAUACCACUUAUAAUAUUCGCAUAUCUGUACUUCGUGCUCGUCUAUGGGCCUAAAUUCAUGAAGAACAAGCCGCCAUACAAAUUAAAGAUGUUUAUACAAUUGUAUAAUAUCAUUCAAAUUUUCAUAAAUACGUGGUUAAUUUACGAAGCAACUGAUGCAGGUUUAUUCACGAACAAGAUAAUAUGUCUCGGUCCUGAUUAUUCUUACAAUUAUAAUGCAAUGAGGAUUACUAGAUGUGUAUGGAUUUAUUUAUUGUUAAAAAUAUUUGAUUUGGUCGAAACCGUCUUAUUUGUAUUAAGAAAAAAAGACAAUCAGGUAUCUGGUUUGCAUUUGUACCAUCACGUCUCUAAUGUACUUAUAGUGUGGUUAUGUGUAAGAUAUUUGAAUUCUUCUUUCAACGGGGUUAUUGGCGUAAUCAACUGCUUAAUACACGUGAUAAUGUAUACGUAUUACUUCCUGGCAGCCUGUGGACCGACCGUCCAAAAAACUGUUGCACCUCUAAAACGAUGGAUAACUACAGCACAAAUGAUACAAUUUAUCGUGAUGCUAUUAUACAUAUCGCAUCCAUUGAUACUAUGUGACAAAAUCCGACGUAUUUGGUUGACCAUAAUGCUUAUUAUACAUUUAUUAAUAAACUUUUUCAAUUUCUAUAAUUUCUAUGUAAGAUCGUACAUGAAAUAUAAGAAAAAUCAGUAAAAAUAUAUGAAAUCUUCAAAUUGCGCCAAUUAUAAGAAGAAUAUAUUGCUCUUUGAAAUAACUCCUGUACUACUUUUAACAUAUAAAAUGCAAGUAAUAGUAAUCUUAAUUUUUUUUAACCCGUAAUUGUCACACUUCCAAAUAAUAACAUAAUGAUCACACAGGGUCCACAGGAUCAACCAGUUGCCAUUUGCCAGCUUUUUGAUAUUUUGUCGCAAAAAUUUUACUAGACAUACCUUGAAACUCAAUAGUCAAUCAUUAUAAUCAUCUUCAGAAGAUGAUCCAAAACUAGGAUCAAAAUGUUUGUAAUUCGUUAUUUAACGCUUGUUCGCUAAUUACAUACUCACACACGAGCAACCUGUGUUGGCUCUCUCGACAUAAAUUUUUAUUUUAAUUUAUUUAAUCAGAGUCUCUCCUAAUACAAUAAAAAUAUUGUAAUAGAUUAAUGAAAUAGAUAAAUUGUAAUGAUUGACAAUUGAGUUUCGAGUGCACUUCUGUUGAUUAUUGAAUAUUUCAUUAAUGCGAGUGCAUUUACACAUAAUGAAUUUUGCGAAGUCAUAACAUUUCUACGGAAUCUACGUUAACAAAACACUAUGUUAUGUACGAGUAUGUGUGUACAUCGGUUUAAUGUGCGCGCUCAAGGAUUACACUUCUAGUAGCGUGCACGCCUAAGGUUCCGCGAAUAAGCUCACGACACGCGUGCGCAAGUCGAGCAGGAUUAGAAAGAUGUCGCGUGGAGCGUGCGCGACGGGGCGAAGACGGAAGUCGACAUUGAUUUGAGAUCCUUCGUACAUACACACACUCGCUGUAACGGUUGUCGGACAUUUUCUAAAUAUAUGUGCUGUUUAAUUAUUCUA